AUGAAGAAAGAGUCUGGUUACUGCUGCUUGUCUCUGAUCCCCAGCAGGGACACUGCUCGUCUCUACCUGCUCGGCUUGCUCAUUGCUCUUUACAUGCUGGCUGGAGCUGCCAUAUUUUCUUCCUUGGAGAGACCGGCGGAGUUACAGGCACACCAGCUCUGGGAAAAGAGGCUGAAGGACUUCAUUCGUGAGCAUGAAGUCAGUCGGGAUGACCUGAAAAUGCUCCUCUGCUACUAUGAAGAAGGCAGGACAGCUGGCAUCCGGACAGAUGGAGGAAGAGCCUUAUGGGACAUGUCUGGUGCCUUCUACUUUGUGGGAACGGUUGUCUCCACUAUUGGAUUUGGAGUGACUGCCCCAUCCACUGUAGCAGGAAAGGUCUUGCUUGUUUUCUAUGGGUUGCUGGGCUGCUCAGCGACGCUGCUCUUCUUCAAUCUUUUCCUGGAGAGAGUCAUAACGUUUCUGAGCCUCCAGUUAUUCUGGUGCCACCGAAGGAGAAGCAGAGACAGCGGUGCAGCGGAGGGCAGAGCCAGUGAAGGUAAAAGGAAUGAAGAAUGGAAACCGUCUGUGCACCAUGUCACACUCGUUCUUUUUGUUGUGGUCCUGCUGGUUGCUUGUGGGGCUGCCUCCAUCUAUGCAGCCAUGGAGGGUUGGAAUUACUUUGAGUCGCUCUAUUUCUGCUUUGUGGCGUUCAGCACCGUGGGCUUUGGCGACUUUGUAAGCAGCCAGAGGGAGCACCAUGAAGACACCUGGGCAUACCAGGUUGUUAACUGUCUCCUGAUGCUCCUGGGAGUGUGCUGCACUUACUCCCUUUUCAACGCAAUCUCUGUGAUCAUUAAACUGGGACUCGACCGGAUGCUGAGGACACUGGCCCAGGUGUACAGGGGAAUCUGUCACUUUCGACUUCAGCUCAGACUUCUAUUCAAACCCACUUAUUCUGACUCUGAGACAACUAUGUGUUAUUCCGAGGAUGACACUCCGCACAGGAAGCCGCUGCAAACGGUUUCCAGUUCGGCCCACAGCAUGCUGUGGCGCUCCCGUGCCCCAAGUGCCAUAGGUAAAUGUCUUUGUGAGGAAGCCGAAGUGGAAACAGUGUGCCACUUUGACUAUGACAGGACAGAAAAGGGGCAAGAUAGUAGCUCAAAUGAAAAUAAUGUUGUCUAUGUUAGAUCACUACCCGCUUGUGUAGAUUAAAAUAUUUGUAAUAUACUGUCAAGAAAGUGAAACGAAGUGAUACAAUUUUGUCUGAAUAAUGUUUUCUUUAAUUUCAGGCUCUUUUGUUGUUCGGAGGACAUUUAUCAUAAUAUUGACUUUAUCUUGAGCUGUAAUGUUUAAGAAUCGCCAAUUAAAACAGAUAGGAAGGAAACAUUCUUCCCAAUGAAGAGCAGUGGUAAACAUAAGGCUGGGCAAUAAGUCAAUAUAAUUUUCUCUUAAUAGCCAAAUAAAAGCAAACAAAUGUAUAUCAAUAGGAUGCUUAUACAUUAGCCAAUUGAGGCGAUGUAAUAUAAUGGAUCUACCUCUAUUUCUAAAAUGUUUUAAGGUGUUUGUCAUUCUCUGUUCAUAAGGAAAGCGUAAAACCACAACCUUCACU